AUGCAUCCACAUGCAGACUGCUGGAACAUUUGGACCAUUUGGAACAUCUGGAACAUUAUCGUGAACAAUUUGACUGGAAAUUUCAAAGCAAGCAUGAUUUUCUGCAAUGAAGACACAGCACGCUGGAGAGAAGUUUUGCCAGGCAACAAGCAGUUGAAUGAAGCAUGCAGUGCAUGUUGCGUGGACGCGCUGACGGCGCGUGCCGAGGCCGAGGGGCGGCUGCGCGCCGCGCAAGCCACGCUGCGCGCUCUCGACGACCUCGGCGUCAAGCUGACGGCCUUCGCCACCCUGCGGGACGACGAGGGCGAGACGGAGGAAGGGGACAUCGGCAUCACGCUCACCGUGUCCAGCCUGGGCAGCGGCGAGCGCCAAGCCGUGCUGGAGCUGCUGCAGGGCCUGGACUUCCCGUCCGGGGACGAGGAUUGCCUCAGCUGCGAGGGGUCCAAGCACGCGGCGCUUCCAGCCCUCCGCGCGCGGCUCCCAACACACGGCGUCGGUGUAACGCUCAAGGCCGGAGCCAUCCUGAUCCGCGGCAACAACGAGGUCUGCAUCUACUACGACAGGGACGUCAAGCCCACCGAGGCCCCUGGGGCGAAGAUCCUGGGCUACAUCACGACCAACCUGGAGCUGAUCGGUGAAGCCAAGCCCAAGGGGUCGUACCACCUGUCUGGCUGGGGAAACCGCUGGCACUGUGGUUCGUGGGUUGAACUGCAGAACGUCAAGUUCGUGUAGAAUUCUACUGUACUCAGUGCGGUUCGCUUAUGGCCUUAACAAACCUUAAUGCCGUCUUGUAUUUUAAGUUUAAUGUUGAUUCCGUUUUGUUGCAUUUUUUUGUUCAUUUUCGUGUAAACGAGCCUAAUGAACCGACCUGAUGUUUUUUUAAAAUUACAUAUGCAUAAAGCUGCCUGCAGCUGUUUGAUUCGCUGUUUCAUUUUCUAGUACGGAGAUGGUUUUGAGGUUUGGAUACCUGCUUCCAUAAUUUCCAUUGCGCUCUGUGUCAGUUACUACAGUUAUAUGCAAGCAAAGUGAUAAUAACAAUAGAUCUAUUGUGCCCAAUUCUGUUCUGUCGGGCUGCUUUGUUUUUAUUCUUAAACCAGUUUCUUUGUUUGUUUCUGAUCCAUUCAUGCGUUUAUGUCCUUCAAUAAAUGAAUAUUAAGACUGUAA